CCAGGUCCAGGAUGGAGUAGAAGGAGAAGCCUCAGGCCACCCUCACCAAGCCCGUGGGCAGCGACAAGAACGGCGGCACGUGGGUGGUGAAGCUCCGCAAGAUGCCUAGAUAUUAUCCCACUGAGGACAUGCGCGGGAAGCUGCUCAGUCACAGCAAGAAGUCCUUCAGCCAGCACGUGAGGAAGCUGCGGGCAACCAUCACCCCUGGGACAGUCCUCACCAUCCUCACCUGGGGCCACCGAGGCAGGAGAGUGGUGUUCCUGAAGCAGCUGGCCAGUGGUUUACUGCUAGGGACUGGACUUCUUUCCCUCAAUCGGAUCCCUCUGCGUAGAAUACACCAGAAAUUUGUGAUAGCCACCUCCACGAAGAUCGACAUCAGUGGGGUGAAGCUCCCGAAGCACCUCACUGACGCCUACCUCAAGAAGCAGCAGCUGCAGAAGCCGCAGCAUCAAGAGGGUGAGAUCUUUGACACAGAGAAGGAGAAAUACGAAAUCACAGAGCAGCGUAAGGCCGAUCAGAAAGCCGUGGAUUCGCAGAUUCUGCCAAAGAUCAAGGCCAUCCCUCCGCUCCAGGGCUACCUGCGCUCGCUCUUCGCCCUGAAGAACGGCGUUUACCCUCACAAAUUGGUGUUCUGAAUUUCGUAGAAUCUCACUAAAUAUCUAUUUAAAAAAACUGUUGAUUUUGUAG